UAAAUUAUUCAGAAUUUUUUUUCUGAUACAAUUGAUAAAGCUAUUAGAAAAAUAUAAUUAUUUUGUUAGUUCAUAUUCUUUUUUAUUAAAAUUAAUUAAUAGAUAUAUUAAUUUAAGUUUUUUUACAAAUAUUUUAACCCUUUAUUUAUCUUUUUUUAAUUUUCAUAGUCUUCUUUUAAAUUUUUUUACAUUAUAUACUUUUAUUUUAUCAAUUUCUUAUUUAAAUUUUUCAUAAUCUGAUAAGUUAAUUUAAAUUCAUUAAGACUCCAUUUUUUUAAAUUAGAAUUUUUUUAAAUUUUCUUCCAAGAACUAGAUUUUAUUUAUCGAAUUUAUGAAUGUCUAAAAACUUAGUGCAUUCACUAAAGUAUUUGUUUUCUACUUUCAAAUUAUUUUUAUUGGUUUCUUUUUAUGUAAUAAUUUAUUCCUUUUUAUUUAUCUUUUCAUUUUUUUAACUUAAAUAUCUUUUUUGUUUAAUUAUAAAUCUAUUUAAUUUAUAAAAAUUAAUAGAAAACUCUUAUUUUUAUAAGAUUUUUUCCUUUUUUAUAUUAAAACUUAAUUUUAUGAGUGUUUAUUUUUUAACCCAUAUACCCAAUAUAAGUUUUUUUUACUGCUUAAUUAUAAAGAAUUUUAUGUUAAAUUAAAGUAGAACCAUUAAUUUUUUUUUUGAACCAAACAAAUAAUAUAAUAAAUCAUAUCACUAAUUUAAAUUGUGUCGUUCUAGGUUUUGUAUAGAUCACAAAUAUAUUAUUAUAAGAUAAGAAAACAAUUAUACAAAACUAAGUAAAAUAUAUUACUUAGCCUUAUAUUAAUUAGGAUUUGAUGACAAGCUGGAGCUAAUACAGAAUUCUAAAAAGUCGCUGUGUUUAUAUUAGAUUCGGAAGAUAGACAUAAUAUAUGCAUAUAUAAGCUACCUCAGGAGCUUAAAAACCUUUGACUGAUGUGGAUAAUGAAUUAUUGUAAUUAUUUGAAGAUUAAUUAAAACCGGUAAAAAUACUUCGUGCACAUACAAUAACUGAAUAAUAAAAACUUUAAUUGAAAGAAAAGAAACAAAAAAUUGAUAAGAAAUAAUAAUUUCUCAGAAAAUGUA